AUGUACAAACUGCCGCCUUGGGAGAUCUGGAAGGGGGAGCCAGAACGGGAGCGUAACUGCUGCAUCUUCGUUUAUUGCAGUGCUUUGCGAUCGCGAGGGCAUGCACAAAACCUGAACUCGGAUCCCGGCUCUAAACACACGGCGUGCGAGACAGCGCCACCACGGAAGGGAUACGGGGACUCAGCAGGCCGAACAAAGCCGUUGCGGGGUAGAGCUGGGGAGCGGCGUCGCUCGCGAGGAGGAUCCGCAGGGAUCGCGAGGAGGAUCCGUAGGGAUCGCGAGGAGGAUCCGCAGGGAUCGCGAGGAGGAUCCGCAGGGAUCGCGAGGCUGGAGAGCGCCGGAGCGGAGCUCAAGGAUGGGCAGCACCACUACGAGGGGGCCGUGGUCAUCCUGGACGCCGGGGCGCAGUACGGCAAGGUCAUCGACCGGCGCGUGCGCGAGCUCUUCGUGCAGUCCGAGAUCUUCCCCUUGGAAACGCCGGCCUUCGCCAUCAGAGAACAAGGGUUUCGAGCUAUCAUCAUAUCUGGAGGACCAAACUCUGUGUAUGCAGAAGAUGCACCAUGGUUCGACCCAGCAAUAUUUACAAUAGGAAAACCAGUUCUUGGGAUUUGCUAUGGCAUGCAGAUGAUGAAUAAGGUAUUUGGAGGUACUGUGCACAAAAAAAGUGUUAGAGAAGAUGGAGUGUUCAACAUUACCCUGGAUAACACAUGUUCACUGUUCAGGGGCCUUCAGAAGGAAGAGCUCGUCCUCCUCACUCAUGGAGACAGUGUGGAUAAAGUGGCUGAUGGAUUCAAAGUUGUUGCGCAGUCUGGGAACAUUAUAGCAGGUAUAGCAAAUGAAUCUAAAAAACUUUACGGAGCACAAUUCCAUCCUGAAGUUAGCCUUACAGUGAAUGGAAAAAUGAUCCUGAAGAAUUUUCUUUAUGAUAUUGCUGGCUGCAGUGGUACCUUUACCGUAGAAAAUAGAGAACUUCAGUGUAUCCAGGAUAUCAAAGAGAAAGUGGGCUCAUCCAAAGUCCUGGUGUUACUCAGUGGCGGUGUGGACUCCACGGUGUGUACUGCUCUCCUGAACCGUGCUUUAAACCGGGAUCAGGUCAUAGCUGUACACAUAGAUAAUGGAUUUAUGCGUAAAAGAGAAAGCCAGUCUGUGGAAGAGGCACUCAAAAAGCUUGGAAUUCAAGUUAAAGUGGUAAACGCAGCCCAUUCAUUCUAUAAUGGUACAACAACUCUGCCCAUCUCUGACGAGGACAGAACUCCACGUAAAAGGAUUAGCAAGACCUUAAAUAUGACUACAAGUCCUGAAGAAAAGAGAAAAAUUAUUGGUGACACCUUUGUUAAGAUUGCCAAUGAAGUUAUUGGGGAAAUGAAUCUGAAACCUGAAGAGGUUUUUCUUGCUCAGGGUACCCUCAGACCUGAUCUCAUUGAAAGUGCUUCCCUUGUUGCGAGUGGCAAAGCCGAAGUCAUCAAAACUCAUCAUAAUGAUACAGAGCUGAUCAGAAAGCUACGAGAAGAGGGUAAAGUAAUAGAACCGUUGAAAGACUUCCACAAAGAUGAAGUGCGAGUGCUAGGGAGAGAACUGGGUCUUCCUGAGGAGCUGGUUUCAAGACAUCCCUUCCCAGGUCCUGGUCUAGCAAUCAGAGUGAUAUGUGCUGAAGAACCCUACGUGUGCAAAGACUUCCCCGAAACAAAUAAUAUUUUGAAAAUAGUUGCAGAUUUCUCUGCAAGUGUUAAAAAGCCACAUACAUUGUUGCAAAGGGUCAAAGCAUGCACGAGUGAGGAAGACCAGGAGAGGCUGAUGCAGAUUACAAGCCUACAUUCACUGAAUGCCUUCUUGUUACCCAUCAAAACUGUGGGAGUGCAGGGUGACUGUCGUUCAUAUAGCUACGUUUGCGGGAUCUCCAGUAAAGAUGCUCCACACUGGGAGUCUCUUAUGUUUCUUGCCAGACUCAUACCGCGCAUGUGCCACAAUAUAAACAGAGUUGUGUAUGUGUUCGGCCCGCCGGUCAAGGAGCCUCCUACGGAUGUCACCCCCACUUUACUGACCACGGGAGACCUCAGCACUUUACGUCACGCUGACUUUGAGGCUCACAAUAUUCUCAGGGAGUCUG